UGAAGGUUGAAGAAUGGCGCAGUUUGCUUUGUGUCUCACGUUACUCGCUGCAUUAUCCAUUAUUCACAUACUCAUGGAAGCUACAAGUGAAGAGAUCCCAAAACUGGAAACAUCAGAUGAUGAUAACUCAAACAAUAUCAUUCAACUCUUUAUGUAUCCAAAGAUCCCCAAUGAACCUUGUGAUUCUGAGUUAAAAAUAUGUGGAAUAUACAUGUGUGUAGGUGAAGCAAAAGAGAACUUGGAGGAAGAUGAGAUUGGUUCACAGUCACCAAUUAUAGACACUACUGUGAAGCAAGUAUCUAAUGAAGAUAAGAAGUGCUUUUGUAGCAGUAAAGCAGAAGAGCUAUUCAUUAAACAAGAGGUAAUGAAAGUGGGAGAUCUGCAUUUUGUAGAUUACAGGAUACAAGAAGAUUUUGAAAAUGGCUACAACUAUUUAAUACAUGACUGGAACUUAACCGUAUUCACAGAAAUUCCAGAUGAGGUAAGCCUCUCGGUGUAUAUAACUGUAAUUGAAUGA